GGUAGAAAAUGGUGAGCAAACGCACAUUAAUCUUCUGCAUAUUCGCUGUAUUCUCCAUAGCUGCUGAAAGAGUGGAAGAAGAAAAGAUUGCUAGAUCCAGGAUAGAACGAUGUGCACGUCAGUUUGAUAUCGUAUUGAAUUUUCUUUGUCGAGGCAUCGAUGAGGAAGACUGUGAACCAUUCCGAUACAUAAUUGAUCUGGAUGAAACGGAGAUGUCCGUGGUUCGAGAGCGCGUUUUGGAAAGAAAGUGUUGCCGACAACGCUGUUCCAUUCAAGUAUUGAGAUCGCUCUGCUGCUUACAACGAUGA